AUGGCGAGCGAUGUGACAGAGUGGGCGGCGCGGACGCUGCCGCUGCCACGGCUGCUUGAGGCGCUGCUGGAGGCGGUCCCGCAGGUCGUGCCCGGGGGCUUGGCAGAGAGGAGCUACGCUGAGGAUGGGAGCGUGAGCUACACAUUUACACUGCCGGCGGUCGAUGCCUCGGCGUGGAUGCCUCUUCCGCCUCCGACCUUAGUGGAUCUGCCGGUGGAGAUCCUGGUGGCCAUCAUGGCUGAGCUGGGGCCUCGUGAUCGCGCCCGUGCUGGACGGAGCUGCCGGGCUCUGCGGGCGGCAGCGACGGGCUAUCCGGGUCUCUGGCGGGUACUGUCGCUGCCGGAGAUGAUAAACGGCGAUGCGCAUGGCCGACCGGACGCUACCUUGUGGGCGCUUGCGCGAUCGCCUCUGCUGGCGCACGUGCGGGUCCUUGAUCUGGUCGAUCUCUCCAACGCGAGCGAUGAUGCGCUCGCUGCGGUCAUCUCGGGCACGCUGGUCGAGCACGGUGCGGUUCCGAGCCGCAUUUCACUACACGGUUGUGACCAAGCCGGCAACGCAUGUGCGGCCGCGCUGGCGAGGCAUACGGCACCGGAUCGAAUCAUCGGGUUGGUGCUCUCACGGACCGCAUUCAGCGACGCUGCACUGGUCCGGCUGGCGAGUGCGUGGUCGGAGUUGGAGCGAUUGGAAGCGUUUGACAUCUCGUUUGCACCUCGAGCCACCUGCAGUGGCGUGGCUGCCCUGAUCAACGCAGCUACGACACCGGUGCUGGCGGUGCUAGCGCUGGAUCGCAUUGAGCUCACGGCGUUGCACGUGUGGCAGCUGCCUCCAACGGUGACAUCGCUUUCACUGGCGCACGCGCGGCUAUCGCCGAGCAUGGAGCUGAGCGAGUGCAGCGAGUGGCUUGGGCAGAUGCCAGCGCUGCGGAACCUUGUCGUUGAUCGAGCUGGCUUUGUGGACGAAGCCUGGCUCACCAGCUUUGUUGGACCGCGGCUCGCGCCAUGGACCGAACUCGGCCGGCUCUCGCUCUCGGGCUGUCCGCGACUCACACCGGCGAUGGUGAGCACGGCGUGGAGUAGCGCGCUGGCCAACGAGGCGGUCACGCCUCUCCCGGCGCUCACAGCGGUUGACCUCUCGCGGACGGCGGUGGAUGACUCGGAUGUGUGGGCGAUUGCUGAAGCCGCGGGCACUACGCUCACUUCUCUCAACGUCUCCUGCUGCACCGACGUGACCGGCGACCGCUCUGCGCGAGCUGGUGGCAUCUCGAGGUGA